CCAAAAAAUGCCAAAAUAUUUUCUCUGUGCCGUUUUGGCGAUAUUUGUGGGCAAUUAGGAAAAUAAUAAUAAUUAGUUGAAACCCAAUAAAUAUUUCUUCUUACUUGUCAAUAAAGGGUGCAUAAUAAACAAAGAAGUUGUAAAAACUAAGUGCGAACCGUUAAAUUGAAGAGUAUAUAAAGGAAAUGCCACAACGCCGGAUUGGUAAUCGUCGAGAAAAUAGCAGAGGAGGUGGUGGUGGAGGAAGUGGCGGUAUGCGUGAUGGUGGGCGUGGCAGAGGUGGAGGUGGCAGAGGACGCGAUGAUGGUGUACGUUCCGGACGUGUAGAGAAGCGCUAUGAUGAUCGAAGCCGUCGGGGUGGUGGAGGAGGUAAUAGCGGCGGUAACAACAACGACUUUGCCGGACUACGCACCAUAAACUGGUCAGACGUACGCCUGCCGCCUUUCCAGAAAAACUUCUACCAAGAACAUCCAAAAACGCGAAAUCGCCUACCACAAGACGUAGAAAGAUACCGCGCAGCUCACCAAAUAACGGUUCGUGGUCCAGCACCCAAUCCAAUACAAUACUUCGACGAAGCCUGCUUCCCCGAUUAUUGCCUCAACGAGAUCAGACGUCAGCGUUAUACAGAGCCAACACCUAUACAAGCACAAUCAUGGCCAAUCGCAAUGAGCGGAUGCAAUCUCGUCGGCAUCGCUAAGACCGGCUCUGGCAAAACCCUUGCUUUCAUUCUUCCCGCUAUCGUACAUAUAAAUAAUCAACCACCAUUGCAACGCGGUGACGGGCCCAUUGCACUUGUUUUGGCGCCAACGCGUGAGCUGGCCCAACAGAUACAAACUGUAGCAAAUGAUUUUGGCUCGAGCGUUUACGUGCGCAAUACAUGCAUAUUUGGUGGUGCACCAAAGGGUAAACAAGCAAAUGAUUUGGAACGUGGCGUAGAAAUAGUAAUUGCCACACCGGGACGACUAUUAGAUUUCUUAGCAACUGGCGUUACAAAUUUGCGACGCUGCACUUACUUAGUUUUGGAUGAAGCUGAUCGUAUGCUUGAUAUGGGUUUUGAGCCGCAAAUACGAAAACUUCUCGGACAAAUACGACCUGACAGACAAAUUUUAAUGUGGAGCGCCACUUGGCCAAAAGAGGUCCGACAACUGGCUGAGGACUUUCUCGGUUCGUAUAUACAGGUCAAUAUUGGUUCAUUAGAGUUAUCCGCAAAUCACAACAUACGUCAAUAUGUCGACGUUUGCAAUGAGCAUGAUAAGGGCACAAAACUAAAGGAUUUACUUUCACACAUUUAUGACCAGUCACAUGCGCCGGGUAAAAUUAUCAUAUUCGUCGCAACAAAAAAGAAAGUGGACGAGCUGUCACGCUUUAUCAAUGGUUUUGGUGUACGUGUCGGUUCAAUACAUGGCGACAAAUCACAAGUUGAUCGCGAUAAUGUGUUGGCCGAAUUUCGUAGUGGACGCUCGAAUAUUUUAGUCGCCACCGAUGUAGCGGCGCGUGGUUUAGAUGUGGAUGGCAUCAAAUAUGUCAUCAAUUUCGACUUUCCACAAUCGUCUGAGGACUAUAUACAUCGAAUCGGACGUACUGGGCGUAAACAUUCCACAGGUACAUCGUAUGCAUUUUUCACACGCAAGAACGCCAAAUGUGCGCGCGCUCUAAUCGACAUACUGCGCGAAGCUAACCAAAAUGUAAAUCCCGAAUUGGAGUAUAUAGCACGAAGUUCGGGUACUGGUGGUGGGCGCAGUCGUGGUGGUCGUGGUGGAAAUGGCAAUAGUGGUGGUGGUAAUAUGACGUCGAGCAGACGAGGUGGCGGUGUUGGUGGUGGCAAUAAUAGUGCAUUCAGCUCUGGUGGUGGUAUGAGCGGACAUUCUAGUUCUGGCGGUCCUGGCUACGGGAAUGGUUAUCGUGGUGCUGCUAUGGCUGGCAGUCAUAGCGGCAAUGGUGGUUAUGGUGCCAAUAGUGGUACUGGUGCAGGUGGUGGUUACUCGAAUGGCAAUUUAUCUGGCGGCGGUUCGAGGUCGCGUAGCUACAAUUCCCGUCAUUAAAAACAAACAUACUGUGUAAAGACAAUUGUGUAAAAAUGGAGAGAACUUGUCAACUGCAAGAGUUGGUUUUGUUUAACAUAUACAAAGCAUAUACAGGGUAUAAAAUGAAUUCGCAUUAAUUUCGUUUCGAUUUUCGAAUUUCGCAACGUUUCUUAAGACAAAGAAGAAGUAUGAAUUUGGCAUGAGCGCGCAUGUUGAAAAUCCAUAUCACUUGUGCUUGAUGUGCGGUGCAACAAUCGAUGGCAGCAUGUUCAUUCGCACCACACCAAGUCAUAAGUUUACAACAGCUCAAUUGUAAGCUGAAAUUAUUUUCGAAUUUAAACACUUUUGGAUGGCAGCAACCGAAUUUACUAUUUUUUGGCAUAUUUUCGGCAUAUCUAUUUUACUAAUGCAUCAAACCCUUGGUAUUUACGUUGGGGAAAGAAGAUAGAGAAGAAAGAAGAGUUAUCGCUUUGUAUACAGCAAAAAGGAAAGAAGUGCACAUAUAUAAAUAUGUACAUUUUCGUUUUAAA